AUGUGCCCUCAGUUGGUGCUAGUCUGCACUCAGGAAUGCGGACAAAACGCCGAAUCGACUCAAUGGCACGGUGAGGUGCCAAUUUGCACAAUGGUGGCUCAGCACAGCCCGUUUGCCUUUCCUUCUGUCAUCGAUUAUCUCGCCGAUGUUUCUCUUUGCAGCGGUUGUCGCGCAAGAAGCAUCACAAUGGGAUUGGCAUGGUCACAUCAGGUUGCCAUGCUACGAGUCACUUAUCCAGGAAACGACCAGCCACCUGCAGACCGUUACUGUGUAUCACGAAAAGAAAAACAGGCUUGGCUGAUGUCGUUCUAUGAUCUGCCCGGCUAUCAUGCCGUGUAA